UAGGACGACCUGCUCAAGUAGUGUUUUAAUUAUUAUGUAAGACAUGUUUCAUGAUGGAACGAUGGUGCUACAGACCUGUCGUCAUAUCCGGCGUUCGGACACCGUGGCACCACUUUGUUGAUUCUGCUCAUAACUGUGGCUGAUGAUGAAUCGACUGUAUCCCAAAAACACAGACGGAUCCGUCAAAACAACACUUAGCUUUUAAAAACAGACCUUGAGCUUCUUAUAAAUAAUGAAACUAAUACGCAAUAAAAGAUGAUAGCAAGUUUACACCGAGAUUAUCACGUCGCUUUGAGGUUUCUAUAGACAACUAUGGAUGCAAAAGUACAGUUUUACCUGGUGUUCUUUGUGUGGCUUGUACCCGACAUAUUGGAAAAUAGAGCAGAUUCGUCUAUGACAUCCACAAACAUCCUCCUACCACGAACGACAUGCAUGUCGAUUUGCCGCUUUACCCACAGCUACAACAGGUGUCGCUGCGAGGAGUUUGGAGCGGUCAUUGAAGCAGACCCUUGUGCGUCGGUGAAGUGCCCUCCUGGACACCUCUGCAAAAGAUUCUGGAUAUUUCCAAAGUGUGUCGUUGACCCAAAGAAAGUUUGUGGUUUGCCCAAGGCUGCGGGACCAUGCAAUGGUAUUAUGCCGAGGUACUUCUUCAACGUAGAUUCUGGCAAGUGCGAAGAAUUCAUUUGGGGAGGGUGUGGCGGAAACCUCAACAACUUCAGGUUCCUGCGUCAAUGCAUGUUCCGGUGCGCCAAACAGUUGGGCUGAAAACGCCGUUCGUGUCGUCACUUCCGGCCAUUUCGCAUUGUCAUUGGUUGAGAGUCAUUAUCUGCAACAUUUACAAGUCAUUCAUUUCGUCAUUAAAUUAAAAUGUGUACAUUUGUAUUAUUGUAAUAAAGCUGUGUUGUUAUUUA